UCGAGCCAGACGCAGCACAGUGAGCAGUGAGAAAGUUUGUACCGAGUCCAAAACGCCUGGAACGUGCGGGCUGGAAUUAUUCGUUGCUAAAAGGCGAAAUAUAUAGACGCUGCUAAACGUAGAAGCCUGUGUGAAGUGCAAAAUGCGAGAUGUGGUGGUAAGUGGCGUUCGUUCCGUAUCGCAUUGUUUUGUAACACCCUCUUGAACGGUGCUCGGAGCGGUUGCAAGCGUUGUGCUCGCAAUACAGAACAAUUGCAAAUCAAACACACUGGAGGAGGCCAACGGACGCGUGAAGAACUUAAUCAAAGCCAGCGUUUUGUGUGUGAUUGUGUGUGUGUGUAUGUGCGUCUUUAUUAUAUUCGCACUUUUGAUAACGAUAAGUGACGUUUGACUUUGCAAUCUAAUGUCGCACAGCCCCGGUGUCGUGGGACGCCCGAUAGCGCUCAGUUUCUACCCUGCAGUGCGUGGCGUUGGAAGGCAAAUGCCGCUCGGUGGGCGAAAGUUUUUUUUCUGCAUUUCUUCAAGAAGUGCAUACAAUGUGCAAACCUUAUUGUGGAAGCAGAAGUUACGAUUCGUGCAAAAGCGGUGGCUGUAUUAGGUGUACAACGGUUGCAUACUUUUUUGGGGACUCUGUACAAUUAGUCUGCGGUCGAGAUGGUGAAGAUGUCGCGCAAAUCGAUCCGCCAGAAGUUGCUCUCAUCUAGUUGCCUUUGCCUUUUGCCGCAGAAGCAACAGUCCAUCAAGGAUGUUGGAGAAAAGCUGUUGCCAGCGCCGCCGCCGCCACCAUCAACCAAGAUCCAGCUGGACAGUGGGAAGUGUUCGAGAGAGCGCGUCCAGACAACGCAGCAGCUGUACGAGGCGAACCGGCCGGAGCUUGCCGGCUUGAGCGGACCCAGGAACGUCUUCCGAGCUGGCCGCAGCAGCAACGGCACCGGCACCAACAUGAUUGACGCUCACGGCAACGCCUUACCUCCGCUCAGUCCCUCCAGCAACAACAACACCACGACCGAGCUGGAAAAUGACAAACCGAUGCUACCGAUGACACCCGCAAAAGCGCUCGAUUACCAUGGAGUACACUUGACAGACUUCGAAAAGCAGGAAAUCGAAAAGUACAAGGAAAUUUACUAUCUCGGCCUGGACGCACGCAAAAUCAACGCCAAGCCGGGCGUCGGCGCGAACUCGGGUUUCGAUGACGAGAACGGAUGCUAUCAGAAGAUUGUGCACGACCACAUCUGCUACCGGUACGAGAUCCUGGAGAUUAUCGGCAAGGGCAGCUUCGGACAGGUGAUCCGGGCGCUGGACCACAAAACCAAGCAGUACGUCGCAAUCAAGAUCAUCCGCAACAAGAAGCGCUUCCACCAUCAGGCCCUCGUCGAGGUUCGGAUACUGGACGAGCUGCGGAAGAAGGACGCGGACGGAAGCCACCAUGUCAUACACAUGCUGGACUACUUCUACUUCCGCAACCACCUCUGCAUCACGUUCGAGCUUAUGAGCCUCAACCUGUACGAGCUGAUCAAAAAGAACAACUAUCAAGGAUUCAGCCUGAGCCUCAUCAAGCGGUUCUGCAACUCGAUCGUCAAGUGUUUGAGAUUUCUCGACGAGUUGGACAUCAUUCACUGUGAUCUGAAACCGGAAAACGUGCUACUGAAACAGCGUGGCAGCAGCACGAUAAAGGUCAUCGAUUUCGGCAGUUCAUGCUUUUCCGACCGGACCGUCUACACCUACAUCCAGUCGCGAUUCUACCGGUCACCGGAAGUCAUCCUCGGCUACCCCUACGACAAAGCGAUCGAUAUGUGGAGCUUAGGAUGCAUUUUGGCCGAGCUGUACACCGGUUAUCCACUGUUCCCGGGCGAGAAUGAAGUCGAGCAGCUGGCGUGCAUAAUGGAAAUUCUGGGCGUACCGUCCAAGGAGGUCUUCCAGCUGGCGACCAGGAAACGACUAUUCUUCGAUUCACGAGGAGUGCCACGGUGCAUAACCAACUCGAAGGGACGCAAAAGGAAGCCAGGCUCGAAGACCCUGUCCCAAGCGCUCCGAUGCAACGAUACCGUGUUCAUCGAUUUCGUCAGCAAAUGUUUGGAGUGGGAUCCUCAUAAGCGCAUGACUCCGGAACAGGCGGCCCGUCACGAAUGGCUCCAGGUGAGCGCGUCCAAGGCCUAUUUCGGCUCCAAGUCCAAGGAGAGCAGCGACACCCAGCUGAACUUCCUACACAAGCAGCAACGAUCUCAGCCAAUGACACCAAACACCAUCCUGCCAGAGAUAAAGACUCCCUCCAACCGUACGCUACGGUUUACCAAAGAGCGCGUCAAAGCAACCGAUCUCGAAACGGCACAACAGCAAUCCUCAUUGCAUCGGUUGACCAACGUCCGGAAAGUGACUGCCACCGGCCUAACGAACCUGUCCAACAACAACAGCGGCCACCACGGUAUCAGUAGUCUUCACAGUGGUGGUGGUGGAAGUGGCAGCAGUAGCCACCACAACAACAACAACAACAACCACCACCACAUCAGCACGAGCGGCAGUACGCAAACCAUCAACGGGUCGUCCAAGUACGCGUCCUCGACAUCGUCCGCGCACCAUCACCAUCAUCAUCACGGUAGCGCGAUGCCACACUCGCAAAGUACCGGCGAUGUGUCGGCCAUCUUUGGCCGGGCAUGACAUGAGACGCUGGCCCGCGCAAAGGAUACCAGCAAAAUCAUAAGCCUCAUCUAGGGCGUCCUGUCCCUCGUCGUUCCGAGAGCUGCUGGUGCUGCUAGCCGUUGCUCCAACGGCUCUCGGACGGAGGGCACCGGGUGACGCGUACUGUCGCCCCGCUCGUCGUAAGCCGUUCUUCAGGGGUAGUUCAGGGGUAGCUUUGUAGAUAGAACAACUUCGGUACGAACGACCGUGUUCCAGGUGAUAGUGUUAGUCUGUCUUGGGUCCCUCUCGGCCACUCUCCCCUCCCCUCUCUCUCUCUAGCAGUAGUAGCGAAUGGUUCAACAGGAACAAAAGACAACAUGACGCUUCCAAAGUACUUCCUCCCGUAAGCAAGUGGACCCCGUGUUUGGUUUCGUAAUAUAUCCCUUAACGGAGGACGGAAGACGCGGCGUUUGAAGGUCGGUGGCUGUGGUCAAAAUAGAGAACCGGUCGGGAUUGUAGGAUUGACUGUGACAAACAAACAAAAUCUUAGCAUCCAUACAACUAUUCAAAACCGAAUACUAAGCCUAAGGGUAGCGGUAGCGUCGUAUUUAGCAUGCAGAGUAGGACACGGACGAACGCGCGAGGUGGCGUUGUGCAGACGAAGGUGCAGAUUUCUUUUCCUGUGUUGUUGAUUUGGCGCAGCUAUUGCGCGGCCAAAGCGUGAGCAAUUUUCAAACGAAACGUUCUGUCGGCCAUAAGUAAAUUCCCGUAGUAACAGUAGAGGGCGAAGCAAACGAAGACACGAAACUCGAAAUUCUAGUUUGACCUCGAAGUCUAAGGUAUAGGACUCGGUUUUAGCCAGGGCAAGCAAGCGUCAGGUUACAGGUCCCCUUUGUAGAAAAUCCCAACCACAUCCGAAGAUAGGUGUACCGUCACAGAGAGAGAGACUAGCGCGGCGGUGCAUUAGGUGCAUUAGGUGACAGAGAGCAGAUGUAUUCUUUAUAUAUAUACAGGCAUGCAUACACACAUAUACAUAUAUAUAUAUAUUUAUUACGGUAUAACACAAAAAACAUGAUGGUAAUCUGCUAGACAGUGUUUGUCGUAUCUAGAGAUAGGCCACAGCGGGUUUGCUCCAGCACCGGUGAUAGCUGGGUCUCAGUGAUGUGUCGAGGUAGAAGAAGGAGCCUAGAAGCCGUUGGCGGUUGAGGGUUGAGUGUGAAAGAGCAGCAACCGCGUCGGCGCCGGAAUGAAAAGCUAGUGACUAAUCAUUAAUUUGUAAGUAAUCGUUCUCCCUUCUCAUCCUCUUAAUGAUCGCGUAUCGUUUAUUCUUCCCAAAAAUGUAUGUCCCUCUCGAUUGUUGAUUACGUUCAGUUGUUUGUUUAAGGCAAAACAGUCAAAUCAAUCCUUCUAUAUACGGUCUUCUUAGAGCUUAAACGAAGAAAGUGAAGCGAGUGCAGUCUCGCUCUUUGCAUUCUUUUCUCCGUCACCUGCCAUUAUUUUAGUCGGCAGAGCAGGCAGAAGUAAGCAAGUGUUCCCGAGACCCCCCUCCCCCCAAUUGCCCCCUCCUCUCUCUAGGAUGUAGGAAUAGGACUGUACGGGAAUAUGGAAGUAAGCCACACGGUAACAAUAACUAUGUGUAUAACAAAUCAUUUAAUCAACAACAAAAACACAAACACACCUUGAUGUUGGGUCCCCGAAUGCGUCCGAAAGAUCCGGUGAGCGCGUGUGAUUUCAACGUAAUCCCGGUAUGAAAGCCCAUUAAAGUACGCGAUGGCGCCCGGAAGCCAAUGAUGGAGCUCGCGUGGCAUACAUACAUGAAAGACACAGGUGGCCAAACAGUGUGCCCGUAGAUGGUGGCGAGUAGGGUGGAACACGGGGUGCGGGGCAGAGAGGUGAGAGGAAAAAAAACAAGCAAACGAUAGCAGGGGUGAUGAUGAUAAUAGUACACGCGUAAGCAAACGAAUAUAUAAAAAGAAUAAAGUUUUAAACUCAUUACUAUGUA